AUGUCGACGCUUGAAGGUAAGUCGAACCAACCGGGUACGUAUGCUGAAGGAUCUUUAGUCCAUGUUCCCGCUACUCUCCCACACACAUUCGACUUGGAUGCGCUUGUCAAUCACUUCAACAACAAGCCGUUGCCCGAAGGCGCCUGUGCUCUGAUCGACCUUCCGGGCAAUGUCUUUCUCGAGACCGAGGACGAAAUCAAUGUGAUUGCUGCCAGUCUUUGGGUCUUAUGCGUGAAAUACGAUGACCUUCCUGCUGGCGAGAGACCAACUACGAGGGAGAACCUAAGAAGGCAGACACCGUGGAGAAAUGCGUGGACGAUCGACCAAAUGGAGAAAGACGUAUCUCAAAUGCUUGAUGAAGUUCUCGCCAAAACCCUUCCGGUAGACAAAGAUGCGAAGGGAAAAAAAUGA